GAAGCAGCCUUUAUAAACUCAGCCCACACAGACACAGGACACACACUGUUUUGGGAGGAAAACUUCAGGAACAGAGCAGCCGUCAUGAACCAGAAGAAGACGCCGUACCAGGGGAAGAGGAGGUGUUUUGGAGAAUAUCAGUGUUCACAGUGUAACAGGAAGUGGAUGAGCGCCAAUUCCUGGGCCAAUAUGGGACAAGAGUGUACCACCUGCAAAAUCAACGUCUACCCCCACAGACAGCGUCCACUGGAGAAGCCAGACGGUCUGGAUGAUCAUCUGGACCCAGACAAAGCUCACCUACAGCACCUGUGUGAGAAGUGCAAGAGGAUGGGCCGCUGCUGCCGCCAGAGCUACAGAUGACAUCACACAUGACAUCACACACGACAUCACACACGACAUCACACACGACAUCACACACGACAUCACACAUGACAUAUCACAUCACAAAUGACAUCACAACACCACCAUAAACUUUACCAUAAACUCUGCUUUAUUUCCCUUGUCUGUGCUUUAAGCUUCUGUAUGUUUAAAUGCUUAAAUAUUUAAACAAUUAUAUGUUUAAACGUAUAAACCUAUAA